AUGGGCCCUCCCCUGGCAGCUAGACAUCAUAGCCGUGCCGCCGGAAGACCCCCAAUCCCCCGAGGCUGGAUGCCCUUGCUCAGCGAGAUACCCAGGGGCGAGGAGAGAGUCAUGGUUGAGAGCCGCGUGUCGGUCCUGUGGUCGGCCUUGCCUAACUCGCUUCGCAACAUGGUGUCUCCCAAGGGCGCCCUGAAUCGCUUCGCGUCGUGGUCGUCGGCCACCUCCGCGCCCGGCCUGGACAAGGCAGAGCCAGGCGCCACAGCGAUGGGCAAUCAUCUCAAGCACAACCACAAAAUCAACAUCAACAUCGACACCAACAUGAACAGCACCACCACCAUCACUACUACUACUACGACCACAGCCAGCAGCUCCAACAACAACAAACUCCCCGUCAACCCCUCCGCCAUCUUCAGCAACACCAAUACCACCAAGACCGUCGUCUCGGCACUCAGAAUGCCGAAUCCAAUGCCCAUCGCAUCAUCGCCGUCGGGGGUGGGAUGGAAGAUGGGUAAGCAGGGUCUCAACCUCAUCAUGAGCUCGGGACAAGAGGCCGUAUACGGGACCGUGUGCGCGGGCCAAGUGACGGCUUCUGCCCCCGGCGACUACGACGCGCAGCUGGAGCGGGCGACGUACAUUGACGGCGUCAAGUACCUCCUCGACGGGCUGCCACGCGACCUGGACGGGGCCGAGGUGGCGGGGCUGCGGCUGGCCAUGCCGGCGGAGCUGGCCGAUAGCGUGGCCCUGCUGGACGAGGACCCCCAGACCCGCCACCGGAGGGUCCGGCAGAAGCAUCACCACCAUCAGGGUGGUCGUCGUUGGCGGUCAACCUCGACGGAAGACCGCGGCUUGGCGCACAGCUGCAUGAUGUUCGUGCUCGGGUGGCUGGUCAGCUGCCUCAGCUGGUGCCGGCCGCUGUUCUUCCUAUGGGCGGCCGCCGUGCUGCGCGUCGAGCGCGAGUUCAAGCUCGCCGAGAAGAUCAUGCGCUUCGCCGUCGUCCUCGCCAGGGAGGUCUGCGAGGCCGUCGUCACCGUCUCCAACAGCCCCACCGGCCACGCCAUGUCCGACGCCCUCGGGUUCGCCUCGGACGGCGUGUCGGGGUUCUUGUAUGAGUUUGCCAGGGACGAGAUGACGAGUCGCAGGAAGAAACGGGAUUGA